AACCUCAUCAUCGCAUUGAGCGGAACCGGUGAUUGAUUGACGCCAAAGUGCCAGUCGCCAGCAUGUCGAACCCUCCUUCCCAGACGUAUUUGCCGAGCAAGACGGUCCAGACCGAUUAUCCUCUCAUCGACAACGACCCACAUUUCAAGCGAGUUCUCCGCUAUGCGAGGCCUUCCGACUACGCCCACGGCGUCGUGGCUGCCGCAGCAGGGCCGGGCAUGCUCCUCGCCAUGGAGAAGUUCGCGCCGUCACACGUCGGCAAGGGAGGAUUUGCCAGGGCGAUGCGAUUAGGAGGAUUCAUCGGCCUAUGUGGUGGCUUCAUCUACUUCUACCAGCGAUCGAUCCUCCGCUUCUACGGCAUGAGCGAGAACGCACGCGAGGUGCAAAUGGACAUGCGCGAGAUGGUGAGCAAGGUCAAGGCCGGCCAGCCGCUCUACGGCGAGAGCCAGCUCACCCCCGCCAUGCAGGGCGUCGCUGCCCGGCAGUCCAGGUACUCGGCGCUCUUCAUGGGUGUCCUGCCGUGGUUCAAUUUCGUCAACCACAACCAACACGGCGUCGACACAGCCAAGUACUACCAGCAAGCAGAAAGGGAACUCGAGGCCGAGAGAUUGUCCAAGGGCACGGCGUAAGUACCGAGGUUAGGGGCAGGGAAUCGGCAGACGGCGCGGCUGCGUGUACAGGAUCCGGGCGAGGGUGGAAUUGACGCUGUGCGUGUAUAUAUGGGGUUGGAUGACAGGUAUUCACAGGUCUCGAGCCAACAAGCAAUUUUUUUCAGGUCUCUUUCUUUCUUUCUUUUGAUUGACCAUUGCAGCUCCCUGUUUGCGGCCUCGCCAUGGACCGCCCACCCCAAGCAAUCCAAGUGGAAUUUCCAGUUUGAGCGGCAACAGCGGUAUUUUAGCCUCUUGCCGCCUGCUGACGAAUGGGUAAUGCUGAGACCAUCGGCCCCAAGCUUAGAUGGACGAAGAAGCGUCCCAGAACCGCCAUGGA